GACCUGAGGGGCUGUGCAGCUUUAAGUACCAGUGUUGUGUUUGUCUGUCUGUCCUUCAGCUGGUUCUCUCCCGGUGCUGCUGCCUCCAUCAUGCUGGUUCGAGCUCUACUCCAGACUUCGCUGGUUCUCUGGUUGGCUCAGCAAACUCUGCAAGGCGGGGUUAAACCUCAGAGUGUGUCCUGGGGGAGAGUGCUGCCAGCCAGAGGUGUCGGCAUUGGAGUGAAACCUGGAGUUACAGGAGCUCUUGGAGCGCUGGGGAGCCGAUAUGGCAGCAAAGCAAUGAAGACUGGAAUUGGACGUUAUCCUGGAGCUCACCUUGGUGUUGGAGGCUACAGAUCUCUGGGUUUAGGAGGCAGAGCUGGUCUGAAGCAGGGUGGAUAUGGAACCCAGGGAGCUUACGGCGCCAGUCUGGGACCAGGGAUGGCGCUGGGAGCUGGUCUUACUAAUGGACUGGGACUGAGCUUGGGCCAGGCAGGGAGACGUGUUUAUGGCGCUGGCCUCGGCACUGUGCCAGGAUACGGAGGUUUAACAGGCAUCGGCUAUCCUGGAGCCCGGCCAGGGGUUUUACCUGAGUAUCCCACUGGACAGGGGGCCAAGGAACAAAAACCGGGUGCAGCAGAUUUGAUUGGACCUGAGCUGGCCAGUCUGGGCCAAACUGUUCGAGACCAUAAGAGAGAAAUGAGCAGAGCUUUAGGUCACUCGUAUGGAAAACAAGACAGAAUGCUUGGACCUGAAAUACCCAACAUGAGGAGAAGCAGUGUAUUUGGUCCCACUGUUCCUGAAUUACAUGCAGGAAGGGAGGUCAAAAGCCUCGAUCCAAUAGUUCAGUCACCACAUCUUGGGACUCCUCUUGAUAAACAGAGUGAGAUUCUCAGUCUAGCUGUUUCACAAGCACAAGGAGGACAAACUCAUGACCCUUCGAUCUUUAAAAGAAAAGGGACAACAAGUCAUGGAGCCGCACUGGCAGCUGGAGGUGUAAGAAGACAAUUCAAUCUAGAUAAAGACACCAUCAAAAGUCUCGGUUCUUCUUCUGAUUUAUCUAUUCAACAAAAUCCUCGAACCCGAAACUGUGGCCCCGCUGUUGAUUUGUCAGGCGUAUUGGACAGGAAUCGCUUUGAGCUUUUGGGUUCAGAAACUCAAAGGAGUCAAAGUUUGCUGCCUCAGACACACGUUGGUGAACAGAGCGAACAUCCUGGACACGUAAAGCCACAAGUGAAAGGAGAGAAAACCUAUCAGCUCCCUCUUUCACAAGCACCGGAUAGAAGCAGCAUUUAUUCUGCAGCAGACAAGCAGGGAGUCAAAGGACUGGUGGCUAGGAAUGGACUGCAAAUCCGCAGCACCGUCACUGUAGAGAGCCGUAGACACGAUGCUCCAAACCUUCAAGCACAAGCAGGGGGGCGCUAUGGAGCAGUGGUCCCUGGUGCAACUGGAACCCAAAGUUUAGGAAUCCUGUCAGCCGGAGCAGGGCAAGAGGCUCAGGGCUUCACUGCAGAUGUUCACGAUGCAAAAAGCCUUUCUCAAGCAGAACAUGAUGUGAAAAAGCCAAAAGCUCUCCAUAUCCCAGGGCAGGCUGGGAGGAAUAACCAGGCAGCAAGUUACAUGGGUGGAGCAGGAAACUAUCUGGGAGCAAGCCUGGGUGCUGGAGGCUAUGGACCAGGUUUGGGUCAGGGAGCAUAUCUGGGUGGUGCAGCAGGCAAACUAGGAGGCUAUGGGGAGGGAACAACAGGAUACCUUGGCGCUGUGGCAGGCAACGGCUUUGGUGGAGAUGGUGCUAAAGCUUUGUCUACAGGUUAUGGCAACGGUUACCCUGACGGUUAUGGAGCUGGGCUUGGUUACCCUGCAGAGUUAGCUGAUGGUGCUGAGAACAAAGCAGGGAAGAGUGAAGCUCUCAGUACAGGAGGCUACGCUGGGCCGGUCCAGGGGGCGUAUGGAGCGCUCGGUGCAGGCCUGGAUGCAACUGGUGGCAAAUAUGGAGGAGGAGCUGCUCAGGUUCCUUAUGGUAAUGCUCCAGUGAUUCCUGCCGGACUGGAAGGUGAUGGUGGCUACCCCUACGGCGCUCAGCAGCUCAGCCUCGGUGCUGAAGGCGCCAAAACCGCCAACAAAUAUGGUGCUGGUGCAGGUUAUGGAGCUCAGCAAACAGGUUAUGGUGCUCAGCUAGGAGCCACUCAGGAUGCCUUGGGAGAGCAAACCGGCAAAUAUGGCGGAGUGAACGGUGCCCUUGGUAACGGCUACAAAGGCUAAUUCAAAUGACCUGGACCUCUCCACGUGGAUCAUUUCCAUAAUGUGUUCAGUGUAAUGAGCUUCUAAAGCUUUUAUUUUACGUUUUACUCAACUUUGUCCUGUUGCGUUGUCCAUUUGUCCUUUUGUUUUUCUUCACCCCCUCGUCUUUCUCUGUAAGUGGACAUCUGUUAGUCAUGUCUGUUUGUCUUCCUUGUCCAAGAACCUGCUGUACCCCACCAGUUCAGCUCUGUCAGUGCUGAAGACAUUGGUGGUGAUUGAUGAACAUAAAUAGAUGGAAAGUGCAAGAAAUGUGUCUCUGUUUUAAAAUAAAGAUUAAAAUUGUGA